AAUUUAGUAUAUUUAGUAACACGUAACAAAAUGUUUCAAUAUUUCGUGUUACUGAUUUUUUUAAAUUUAUGUUUACUUGCGCACAAAUCUCACAGCGAAGCAAAUAAUGUUUGUAAAACUAUGAACGACUAUAUCCAUAUAGAAAACAAUACAAAUUGUUGGUAUAAUCCAGACGUUGGGAGUCCUGUGCCAGAUAUAAUUACAAGGCGCGGUUAUCCAUUAGAGACUUACUACUUCCAAACGGAGGAUGGUUACAUUAACGCUAUUUAUAGGGUUCCACAUAAUAAUAUGAAUAUAAACGAGUCAAAACAACCGAUUGUGUUACACCCUGGCUUGGGUGGAAGUCCGAAUAGUUUUCUCUGUGUGGGAAAUCGGUCCCUUGUAUUUUUUCUUGUAAACAACGGUUAUGACGUCUGGUUGCCGCACCGCCGAGGCUCAGCUUACGGCAAAGGACACAUCAAGUACAACCGAACUGACCCACAAUUCUGGGACUUUAGUUUCCACGAGUGUGGUUAUUACGAUAUCACUGCUGAAAUUGAUUUUAUCAAGACAAAAAAUCCCCGAAAAGUGGUUCUCCUCGGUUAUUCUAUGGGAACCACCGAGACUUAUGUUUAUGCAAUUUUGAGAAAGGAACAUGCGAAGGAACACGUCGCUGGAAUUGUAUCACUCGGCGCUACCGCUUAUUUGGAACACCCUAACAGUAUUUUGAAGCACCUAGCACUCGUUUCACCUUACUUGGAGGGCUCUUUGAGGUUUCGAAGUAUAAAUAGUAUGUACGACGGUUGGGAAACUCAAAAACUCGAACGGAAAAUAACUUACAGAACUCUGGUUAUUACUUGGAAUUUUAUGAUGGGGUUGUACGGCGAAGAUCCUGAUCAAUUGGACCCAGCCGAUUUACCAGUCUAUAUAGGCAACAGACCAGCCUCCACUUCGAUUAAAUCAGUCAUUCACUUUGUACAAAACAUUAUGUCUGGUGGAAAAUUCCAAUUCUACGAUUACGGUUUUUUAAAGAAUUUGUUGGUUUACAAAUCAACAACACCGCCCCUAUACAAUGUAUCAGAAAUUGACGUGCCUAUGUACAUUUUUUAUGGUGAAGCUGACGCUAUCAAUCCCAAAGAAGACGUUUUCAAGUUUUAUAAUGACCUGAAGGUUAAAAACAAGGGCUUAAUUCAUAUUUCUGAAGAUAAAACAGUGAAAUAUAAUCACGCAGACUUUGUCAUGGCUAAGGAUACGGAAAAGUUGUUCUACGGAGUUUUGCUGAGAGUAUUAAGAGAAAACUUAAACGGUUGAUAUUAAAAUGCACUUGCUUAGCCUAGAAAUGUUGUAAAGGACUAGAUUAGACACUAGGGUUUCGUCAAUUAAAAUAUGCAGUCUAAGUGUUUUUUUAAGUUAGUUGCAACUUUUAAAACAAAUAUAAAGCAAAAGGUUUAAAAAUUAAAGAAUAUGCAACGACCACUAGAAAAUAAAUA